UCGAAAGGCUGCAGAAAGGAUGCCGGCCAAGGAGAAGAAGAAAAAACGCACCAACAAACCAAGCCCCAUUGAGCGGAUGAAGGAAGCGUUCGGAAUCAUGAAUCUGGACGAGGACACCAACAUUUCAAAAGAAGAGUUCUUCAAGGCCAUGGCUUCGCUGGGUCUGGAAGGAAAAGAGGUGGAAAAUUUGUUCCGGAGGUUUGAUCCUGACAAGAGCGGCUUCCUGGACAAGGAGGAAUUCUUUGCAUAUGCUGCCAAAGGAACCAGUGAUCUCCACGCCUUGCUGAAGCGUGGCUUGGCCGCCGCAGAUGAAAAUGAAGACACGAUCCUCAAGGCCUUUGAGGCAUGGGAUGUGAACCAGGAUGGCAGAAUCUGCAAGGACGAGCUGGAGCGUGUGUUAGUGAUGUUGAACCCGGCCUUCACCAAGAAGGAUUUGACGAAAUUGAUGAAGGCCGGCGGGCGGCUGAGGCCACGGAGACCAAACUGGUGACAGCAACAGCUGGGAAGGCAAUGGAUGAGAACGAAGAUGGUGAGAUCGACUAUGAGGAGUUCACCACAUGGAUAUGCAACAGCCAUGGCCCGAGGAAAAAGUGAGCGGCAAAAUCUGCGUUUAACUUUAGCCACACGUUUUUGCUUUCCAUGAAUGCAUUGAAUGCCAUGGUCAGCAAACCUCUGUGAAGAGUUGCUGCAAACAUGGACGUCUUGUGGCACAGCUGGCAAAGUGUAAAGGCACUGAAGGAUUUACUGCGAGCCAAUCUCCACGAAUGUGGAUAUGAUUCAGGUAUGCCACAGGCAUAUUUGUUCCUGGCCAUGAGGAAAAA